GGAAUGCUCUUGUCAAUGCUCUUAACCAAACGGCAAAGGGAUAUGAACCCGCAAAAUGGGUAACACAGCAAAAGGAGGAUGGCUCACUUCAACAAAGUAAAAAGCAAAAGAUGGAUGUGCGACCAAAACAACCUGGAAAACAAAUCUUGAUCCAAAUGACCGAUGUGUAUGCUGCAGAGAGCAUUAUGUGUUGUGUUUAUUAUUUUACUUUAACUGUUUUGUGAAGCGCUUGUUGCAGCUGCAGCUGUUGUGAAAGCGCUAUAUAAAUCAGGAUGUAUUGUAUUGUAUUGGAGUAGUGAUGACAAGGGGCAAAAAGUGGUUUGUCAAUGUUGUGUUCUAUGCAAAAUAACAGCGAUUCCAGAUUGAUUCAGGAGCAUCAUACAAUGCUAUAAGUCAUGGAGACAAAAGGAGACUGUCCCAAGGAGAUGAGCUCAAGCUUUAAAAGCUGUGGAUAUUGUCGACUAUCAUGGGAGAACUACAACUGAAUUCUCAGGAACAGCAGGAGCUGUUUUAAGUACAGUAUUGUAGCCAUGGCAGAUGCGUUCAGCAGCAGCUCGGAAAAUGUGAUUAAGCGUCAGGUUGACGUCCAAGAAACGAGGAAAACUCCUCAGGGAGAACUUGAUGAGCUGUAUCAAAUUCAGAAAACCUGCGACUUUGUCUCUCAGAAUCACUUCAAGAAGGUUGCGCUGCAGUUUCCUGAUGAACUCCUGCACGAAUCGACCGCAAUUGCAGCUGAGAUUGAAAGAAUUACUCAAGCGAAGGUGUUCAUUCUGGGGGACACAUCCUAUGGCAGCUGCUGUGUGGAUGAGGUGGCAGCAGAGCAUGUUGGAGCCGACUGUAUGGUGCACUACGGCCGAGCCUGCCUGAGCCCUUCCAAACGCCUGCCCCUCAUGUACGUCUUUGAGAAAGCAAGCAUCAACGUGGACAAGUGCACCUCGGUCUUCAGAGAACUGUAUACUGACACACAGGCCCACAUCCUCAUCCUGUAUGACGUCAGAUACAUGCAUGCUAUUGAUGAUCUAGUGACACUGUUGUGUGAAGACUAUCCAAACGUUGUUUCUUCACAACUUGUGGUGGAAGGCGAGCAGUGUUACAGCCACGGCCGGAGCGAAAGAGAACCUGACGCAGAGCAGUCCAGCAUUCACUUUGGAAGGCAGUUUUCCUUGAAGAGCGGACUGAGCAUUGAGGAUUACAAUGUGUUCUACAUCGGCCAAGAUGGGCCAACCUUGCGAAACUUCAUGAUGACGUGGAAUCGCUGCUCCUUCUCCUCCUUCGACCCCGUGACAUCUGCAGGGAGGCUCGAGUCGGCUGGCGUCAACCGUGCACUGAUGAAGCGCUUCUAUGCUAUCGAGAGGGCGAAGGAUGCCAACGUGGUGGGCAUCUUGGUGGGCACACUUGGUGUGGCCAACUACCUGUCUAUCAUCCAGCAGCUGAAAGAGACAAUCCGCAGCGCCGGCAAGAAGAGUUACUUGUUCGCCAUGGGGAAGCUCAACGUGCCCAAGCUUGCCAACUUUCUGGAAAUUGACAUUUUUGUUUUGAUUUCGUGUCCGGAGAACUCUCUUUUGGACUCCAGUGAGUUCUACCGACCCGUGGUGACGCCGUUCGAGAUGGAAGUGGCCUGCAACAGGAAUAGGGAGUGGUCCGCGGAAUAUGUCACUGACUUUCGACAUCUCUUGCCAGGUGGACACAGUUACGUACCUUUGGCAGAGGGGCAGGAGGACUAUGACGAGACAGAUGUAUCUUUAAUCACUGGGGCUCUGCGGAGCAACAAGCUGGACUGCAAUCACGCAAACUCCCCGUUUGGCUCUUCACUUGUCCUGAGGAACCAGACGAUGACUGUGGCCAACACCAACUCUGCCGCAUCGUUUUUGGCGAGUCGGAGCUGGCGCGGCUUGGAGCAGAAGUUGGGGGAGACGCCCGUGGAGAAAGCCGUGGAGGGCAGGAGGGGCAUCGCUAUCGCCUAUGAAGAAGAAGGAGCUUAGUGGCAACAUGUAUGACAUUUCUUCGAAGUGGUUUAAAUUAUCAGUGACUUUAAGGGGACAUAACGUGGGGAAAGUGACUCUAUCUUUUAAGCAUCCUGCCCCUGAAGUUGCCCAUUUACAUUUGCAAGCAUCAUUGGUCAUUCACUUUCUCCACAAAGGAAGCAGGAAAGAUGCCAGUGUUCCCGUUAGAAUGUCCUUCCAACCAGUCCUGGUUAACUGCAGUGGGGAGAGACAAAAGCAUUACAUCAUGUCUGAUCAGUUAAAAA